UGGAUGAGCAUACGUUGGCCUUCAUAGCCGGGAAUCUGCUUAUCCUAUUGGAUGUGCACACCAAAAAGCAGCAUUACAUCCGCUCUAGCAGUGGGGGAGGCAUCGGAGCCAUUAUGACUCAUCCAAGUAAGCAGUAUCUUGCAGUGGCAGAGAAAGGCCAUCAGCCUAACAUCAUCAUAUAUGAGUACCCGUCCCUGCAGCCUUACAGGAUCCUCAGAGGUGGCACAGGCAGUGAAUACAGCUUUGUGGAUUUUAAUCGUGAUGGCUCUUUACUGGCCAGUGUGGGUGGAGCUCCAGACUACAUGCUUACGCUGUGGGACUGGAGGCAGGAACAGGUGACACUGUGCAAUAAAGCUUUUUCUCAGGAUGUCUACAGGGUCACCUUUUCACCCGACUGCAUUGGACAACUCACUACAUCUGGCACUGGGCACAUUAG